AUGUCCGAUUCUGAGGACGACAAGCCGCUCGUGGCCAAGUCAAAAGCAAUCAUCUCCAAAUCCGACGACAAAGCCAUGGACAAACAAAACGGCACCACCAACGGCUCAGUCAUGCCUGGCAUCAGUCUGUCCAAUGGCCCGGUCGGGGAUAAGAUGGACGUCGACAAGCCAACCACCAAUGGCACCACCACGGGCAAGCGGAAAGCCUCACUCGCCAACGGUGCCAGCUACAAGGACGAGAGCGAUUCAGAUGAGGAUGACCAGCCUCUGAAGAAGCGAAAGACCAUCGCUGCCGACGAUUCCGACGACGAGCCACUUCGCAAGAAGACUCAGAAGCCGCCUCAAGCCUCGGCUGCACAGAUCGGCGAAGAGUCAGGCGACGAGCCCAUUGCGAAGAAGCUUCAGAAGGAGAAGGCGAUCAUCGAGAAACGCGCCGAGAAAGAGGCCAAAGCUAUCCGAAAGGGUGAGGCGGCAGAUGCGAAGAAGAAGGCGAAGAAGGUCGAGUCAGAUGACGAAGACGAUAAGCCACUUGUGAAGCGCAAGGCCGCACCAAAGAAGCAGGCGAAUGGUGUGAAGAAAGUGAAGAAAGAGGAGUCUGAUUCAGAUGACCACCCUAUCGUGAAGAAGAAGGCUACCGGAAAGAAGACGGCAGUCAAGGAAGAGGCUCCAGCGAAGAAGGGCAAGGCGAAGGUGAAGGAGGAGUCGCCUGAAGAUGAGGGCGAAGACGGCGAGGAAGAGUACCGCUGGUGGGAAGAUCCAAGCAAGGGUGACGGCACCAUCAAGUGGACCACACUCGAACACAACGGCGUGGUCUUUCCUCCCGAGUAUGAGCCUCUCCCCAAGCACGUCAAGCUGCUCUACGAUGGAACGCCAGUUUCAAUGCACCCCGAAGCCGAGGAAAUCGCCCACGCAUUUGGCGCCAUGCUCAACUCAGCACACAACGUCGAGAAUCCAACAUUCCAGAAGAACUUCUUUGCCGAUUUCAAGGAGAUGCUUGACAAGACCGGUCAUGCUAAGGACAACGACGGCAAUCGUGUCAAGAUCGCAAAGUUCGACAAAUGCGACUUCAAGCCCAUCUUCAACUACGUGGAUGCAGAGCGUCAGGCAAAGAAGGCACUCCCAGCUGCCGAGAAGAAGAAUUUGAAGGCCGAGAAGGACGAGAAAGAAGCUCCGUACAUGUUCUGCAUGUGGGAUGGCCGCAAGCAGAAGGUUGGAAACUUCCGUGUUGAACCUCCAGGUCUUUUCCGCGGUCGUGGCGAGCAUCCGAAGACGGGAAAGUGGAAGAAGAGAGUGAUGCCUGAGCAGGUCACCAUCAACAUCGGCAAGGAGGCCAUGGUCCCGAAGCCGCCGGAGGGCCACAAGUGGAAGGAAGUUAAGCACGACCAGGAGGGUACUUGGCUGGCUAUGUGGCAGGAGAACAUCAACAGCGCCUACAAGUACGUCAUGCUGGCAGCCAAUUCCGACAUCAAGGGCCAGAGCGACUACAAGAAGUUUGAGAAAGCCCGUGAGCUCAAGAAGCACAUCGACCGGAUCCGAAAGGACUACGAGAAGGAGCUCAAGUCCGAAGUCAUGGCCGAGCGUCAACGAGCCACGGCUGUCUACCUCAUCGAUCGCUUCGCCCUUCGUGCUGGCAACGAGAAAGGAGACGACGAGGCCGACACGGUCGGUUGCUGCUCGCUCAAGUUCGAGAACGUCACCCUCAGCCCACCAAACAAAGUCUUGUUCGACUUCCUCGGCAAGGACUCCAUCCGCUUCUGCGAUGAAGUCGAAGUCGACCCACAGGUCUUCAAGAAUCUCAAGAUCUUCAAGCGGUCCCCAAAGCGGGAGGGAGACGAGAUCUUCGAUCGUCUGACCACCUCUGGCCUCAACAAGCAUUUGUCGAACUACAUGCCAGGACUCACUGCCAAGGUGUUCCGUACCUACAACGCCUCCUACACCAUGUCACAACUCCUCAAGGGGAUGUUUGACGAUCACACACUCAGCAUUGCUGACAAGGUCAAGUCGUACAACGACGCCAACCGCAAGGUGGCCAUCCUGUGUAACCACAAGCGCACAGUCGCUGCCACGCACGCUCAGACGAUGGAGAAGAUGGAGGAGAAGAUCAACGGUCUGCGAUACCAGCAGUACCGCGUGAAGCAGAUGAUGCUCGCGCUCGAGCCGAAGCUCAAGAAGAAGAAGCCUGAAGGAUUCUUCGAUCUCCCCAAGGGAAUCGAUAAGGAGUGGCAGCAGAGGCAUCACGAUGCCUUGGUCGAGGAGCAACGCACGAAGAUUCAGAAGAAGUUCGACAAGGAAAACGAGAAGCUCGAGGCAGACGGCGAGAAGCCAAUGAAGGCGAAGGAGCUCGAAGAGCGCAUGGAGGUCGCCGAUGCGCUCGAGAAGAAGCUCAAGCAGGAGUUCAAGAAGGGCAAGGUCGAGCCAGAGGGCAAGGGUGCUUCUGUUGACAAGUACGAGAAGGACCUCGACAAGCUCGACACCCGCAUCGCCACGAUGAAGACCCAGAGCGAAGACCGCGAGAACAACAAGGAAGUCGCCCUCGGUACUUCCAAGAUUAACUACAUCGAUCCUCGCCUGACCGUCGUCUUCUCCAAGAAGUUCAACGUGCCGAUCGAGCGGUUCUUCUCCAAGACUCUCCGUGAGAAGUUUGACUGGGCUAUCAAGUCAGUCGACGAAGAAUGGGAGUUCUAG